AUGGAAUUGGAGGCCCCGGUGGUCGAAGCAGAUCCGGGGAGAAGAAUCACAAGAGGAGCAGGAGGCGGCGGCGGCGGCGGCGAGGGGGAGGGCCCGGCUGGUCGGACCACCCUCCUGCCCUGCCCCAACUGCGACAUCCAGGUGGUGCACAAGCUGGCGCAGCUGCUCCUCCCGGGCCUGGCCGCGGCGUGCGUCGACAGCACCCUCGGGAGCCCCUCCUCCGCGCUCGCCGUCCAGCUGCGCGCGGAGCUGGUCCGCUACGUCGCGCACCGCAGCAGCAGCCCGCCCGAGGCGGAGGAGGAGGAGGACCCGAUCGACCGCGACGACCCGGCCGAGGCGCUGGCCGCGUUCCUGGACGACUUCGCGGGCAGCAAGAGGAGCGUCGCCGUCUCCAUCGCCGGCUGGCUCCCGUACCUGGGCGGCGGCGACGACGGCCGCGACGACCGGAUCGAGGACCUCGUCGAGGAGAUGGAGGCGAGCCGCUUCUGGCCGGUCGAGAGGCGGGAGGCCGUCGCGCGGGACCUCCUCCGCGGCCUGGACGCCGGCGGCGGCCGGUUCCGCUGCCGCGAGGAGCUGGGGACGCCGGAGGAGCUCGCGGACCACGUCGCCGCGCGCUGCGGAUUCAGGCCCGUGCGGUGCCGGAACCAGGCCCAGGGCUGCCGGGCCGAGGUCUCCGCCUGCCGCGCCGACGCGCACGACGAGGCGUGCGCCUUCAAGCUCCUCCCCUGCGAGCAGCGCUGCGGCCUCGCCGUCGCCCGCCGCCAGAUGGACCGGCACUGCGUCACCGUCUGCCCCAUGAAGCUCGCCAACUGCCCCUUCUUCCAGCUCGGCUGCGAGUCCGCCUUCCCGGCCUGCAACCUCGGGUCGCACUGCGCCGAGUUCCUUCGGCCACACCUCCGCCUGCUCCUUAGUCCCAGCAAGAUCGGCGCCGGUCGUCUGGAUCCGGAGGAGCGUCUUCUACGGCUGGAGAAGCAUGAUUCCGAUGGUGCGUUGGGCGAAGCUUUGGACGUGAGGUCUCUCACUAACGCCAUUGCUCAGCUAGAGAAGAAGAUGGACGCUGAAGAUGGUUCCCCCGGUUACACCGGAGACGACAACAAAGAAGCAAUGCCCACACAAGAUUCCAACUCCGCAGCUCUGCACUAG